UCCAUAUUGCCCGGAUGAAGUGCACUCGGCUGCUUUGAAAUCAGCACGACGCCGACGUCUCCGAGCCGACGGCACAGCUUUCUCCUUUGGCAAAAUCUGGUUUCCCCCAGACAUCACGACCGUCAUACACCGACCUGCCAAUCCCGCUCCUCCGACGUCUGCUUGCCUGGCACACCUGGGAGCCUGUCCAGCGGCCCCUCCGACAUCAUGAGCCUGGCCAAGGUCAAGCACAUCGUGCUGGUCCUCUCCGGCAAGGGCGGCGUCGGCAAGUCGUCGGUGACGACGCAGCUCGCGCUCUCGCUCUCCCUCGCGGGCCACUCGGUGGGCAUCCUCGACGUCGACCUCACCGGGCCCUCGAUCCCGCGCAUGCUCUCCAUCGAGUCGUCCAAGGUCACGCAGGUGCCGGGCGGCUGGUCGCCCGUUGCGGUGCACGAGGCCGAUCCCGUCCGUGGCGUGGGCAGCCUGCACGCCAUGAGCCUGGGCUUCCUACUGCCGAACCGGGGCGACGCCGUGGUCUGGCGCGGGCCCAAGAAGACGGCCAUGAUACGGCAGUUCCUGCGCGACGUGCUGUGGGCCGACACCGACUACCUCCUCAUCGACACGCCGCCGGGCACGAGCGACGAGCACAUUUCGCUGGUGGAGACGCUGCAGGCCGAGGCGCGGGCCGGGCAGGUGGCCGGCGCCGUGGUGGUGACGACGCCGCAGGCCGUGUCCACGUCGGACGUGCGCAAGGAGCUCAACUUUUGCUUCAAGACGGGCGUGCGCGUGCUGGGCGUCGUCGAGAACAUGAGCGGCUACGUCUGCCCGCACUGCUCCGAGUGCACCGACAUCUUUGGCUCCGGCGGCGGGCGGGCCAUGGCCGACGAGUUCAAGGUGCCGUUUCUGGGGUCGGUGCCCAUGGACGCGCAGUUCAUCGCCCUCAUCGAGGAGGGCACGAGGCCGCGCUAUCCCGUGGGCACGCGGGUCAACGGGCAGGACAUUUCGGGGGCCGACGUCGGAGCGGACGAGCUCGACGAGGGGGCGCCGCAGCAGCAGCAGCAGCAGGGCGACGGGAGCGGCGAAAUGCUGGUCAACAAGUACACGGCGUGCUCGCUCUGCCACGUCUUCCGGGACAUUGCGACUACGCUCCGGGAGAGCAUUGCCGCGGCGGAAGCGACAUGAACAAACGGGUGGCUGCAGAUACGAGCGAAUGAACCAAGACUCUCAGCAAGGGCGGUCGCAGCGGCCCGCAGGUCCAGCCACGGCGGCGAGAUGAUCAUUGCCAGCUGGCCAGGUACCUGGGUUGGGGGGGGGCGCGAGCAGUUCGUUGAUCGGCGAGGGGUCUACGAACGUGAAGCGCACGCGGAGCUAGGGCCUCCCGACGUCGAGCCGACAUGACAGGCAGGCAAUCGAGCGAUGAUGCCCUAACCGAAGGCGCACAGCCAACACAGCCCUAGCAGCGACGUGGAUGGACGAGCAUCUGGCCGGCCACAGCUUCCCCCCAGAUGAGGCGCCCGACACGGGCAGUGGGAAGGAAACCGGCAGACUCGCUGACGGGGCCAUAAGCCACAUUUGCUGCAGCUCAAGAACGCCCAAAUGAAGGCGGCACGAAUUCUCGCG